AUGUUCCCGGUGGUCAAAGACAGUGACACAAACGCCUUCAAAAGGCCCUCUGCUCCUGACAUUCACAGCCUGCGGGGAAAGACCCUGAUGUGGUGGGACCAGCUGACAUUGUUGGUUCAGAAUGACGUCACCACAGCAUAUGGCAAAUGGAAAUAUCGCUUUAACCCGAAGCUCACAGAAAUGAGGAACUUCUCAACAGAUAAGGGGACCCAGGUCAUGGUACCCAUGAUGCAGCGGGUAGACUGGUUCCAGUUACAGUAUUUCCCCCACCUGCACAGCUAUGUCCUCCAGCUGCCCUGCACCUGCAACGUCUCGGGUGUCUUCAUUCUUCCAAAUGAGGGAAAGUUUGAGGAGUGUGAGAAGGCACUAUUGGAGGAGAGCUUUGACACGUGGAUUUAGCCCUUACCACUGAGCAGGAGGCAGCUGUAUUUCCCCAAAUUCUCCGUUCCUGUUGCUCUUCGUCUGGAGCAUUUCAGGUAUGCUACCAGUAGCCUUAAUCUGUUCUAUGAACACAUGGACCUCUCGGGAAUUGCCCUGUCAAAGGCACCCCUGAAGGUCACCACGGCAAUGCACAGGGUGGAGUUGACUGUAGAUGAGGAUGGAGCAGAAGAGGAAGACAUUUCCAGUUUCCAGUCCCUCCCCAGGCCACUCCUCCUUUCCAUCCACUUCAAUAGGCCCUUCCUACUAUUAAUUCUGGAGGAGGCUGGCCACAAUCUUCUCUUUAUGGGGAAAGUGCUGAAUCCUGGAAAAUAG